GAGAUUCUAACAAGAGCCAUGUAAGUCCUUUCGUAUGUGUUUCAAUGGACCGGGCAGAGUUGAAGCGGGACAAAGAGCCGUCUGGGGGGAAAACGGUCCGGUUUCGGGUGGCGUCUGCGAACAGCGGCCGCGUGCUGACGGAGGUGUUCAAAGACACGACGACGGCUUGGUGCGGCUCGGCGUCGGACUCGGUGGACUCCGACUGCGCCAGCAACCCCGAGACGGAGGGCCGACGAAGCCGAUCGUCGGUCAGCGAGGCCAAUAGCCACCUGAACGGCCUCGCGGGAGCCGCCAUGGCGGCGGCGGCGGACGAUGACGACGGCGGCGGCGGCGCGUGCGAACCCGACGACCUGCUGCUGUACGCCAGUGCCAAGAGAGAGCAACUCUUCAGCAACAAGCGCAUCAAUAUCUGCAGCAAGAACGGGACUAUACGAGGCGUGAGGAACAAGGUCAACGCGGGUCAAGUGCUUUUUAACAACCUGUCCGGCAUGUACUACGGUAACAAUCGUGGCAACAGAUUUCAGAAAAUUCGACCAUGGGAAAAGGAGUAGAGAGAAGAGAAUGGAAGUUGUAUGAUUUGUUGGGUCGUUAUUUUAUGUUUGUAUAAUGUAUUAAGAAGAUAUAGCACAAGGCAUGGUAAUCUGCAGAUGUAACUUUAAACCUAUCGGCUCAUAUGAAUGAAGCCAAAAUAAGACAUCGAUGGGCAUCACAAGUUUUAGAACAGAUUUGGGAAAGAUCAGCAUCCUAGCUUGUUUUAUUGAGUUUUCCUGAAUUGUCCUGAUUUCAAUUUUGUAUUUGUAUUUUUUAAUAUUUUAUAAAAAGCAAUAGUUUAGAACACAUUUAAUACAUUCAAGUUGCAUGUUGUUUUGUAAACGAUAUUGUUUCGAUUUUAAUGAAUAUGUCAUACUAUACUGACAAACUUCAGUCAUUUAUUUGUGAGCAUUCAUAGCAUGUUUACUAUGUUUAAUAGUUUAAGAUGCUAUUAAAUGAUAGGCUAUAACAUUUUUGUUCCAUGUCUUUUUGUAAUUUACAUUUAAAUACCCCCAAAUGUAUAUUUUUGAUAUGAGGCUACGAUUCAAUUUCAAUGUCUUAAUGAUUAUCAUCGGUCACUGAAUGUUUGAAAAUAAUUGUAGAAAAAAUAAUGCUUAAGCUUUCAAAGGAAGCAAGAAAAGCAUGGACAUUGCACCCUAACCCUUACCAACUACGGUCCAACUUCUUUUUUUACUCUGUAAUGCCACCUGCUGGCUUUAUCAGGUCUUGCUAGGGACUCUUAUUUGAACACCAAGGGACCCCUUGUUUACAGAUCCACAAGGAUCAGUAGGUAAAAACUAUUGUUAAUAUGUUCAUUUAAGCUA